AUGAGCUGUGGCUGUGGCUGUGAAGCUGACCUGGAUGAGGCCAGGAGCAGCCGAGAAGCCGAGAAGCCGAGAAGCCGAGAAGCCACACCAAACCAAACCAAACUGAGUCGAGAGCGGGAUCCACACGAUGACAACUCCAUGUUCUUCCAGUUCGGCCCCUCCAUCGAGCAGCAGGCGUCGGUGAUGCUCAACAUCAUGGAGGAGUACGACUGGUACAUCUUCUCCAUCGUCACCACGUACUACCCCGGCUACCAGGACUUCGUCAACAGGAUCCGCAGCACCAUAGAGAACAGCUUCGUGGGCUGGGAGCUGGAGGAGGUGCUGCUGCUGGACAUGUCGGAGGACGACGGCGACUCCAAGAUCCAGGACAAGCUGAAGAAGCUGCAGAGCCCCGUCAUCCUGCUCUACUGCACCAAGGAGGAGGCCGCCACCAUCUUCGAGGUGGCGCACUCCGUGGGGCUCACCGGCUACGGCUACACCUGGAUCGUACCAUCGCUGGUGGCGGGGGACACCAACAACGUGCCUGAGGUGUACCCGACAGGCAUGAUCACGGUGUCGUAUGACGAGUGGGACUACGGGCUGGAGGCGCGCGUGCGCGACGGCGUGGCCAUCAUCGCCAAGGCGACGUCGCGCAUGAUGCUGGACCGCGGCUCCACCACGCUGCUCAAGUCCAGCUGCCAAGACACGUCCAGCAAGAAGGGCGCCAAGUCCAGCAGCUCCAACGACGUCAAGAAGUACCUGAUGAAUGUGACCUUCGAAGGGAGGAACCUAUCCUUCAGCGAGGACGGCUAUCAGAUGCACCCCAAGCUGGUCAUCAUCCUGCUGGACAAGGAGAGGCAGUGGGACAAGGUGGGCAAGUGGGAGAACGGCUCCCUGAGUAUGAAGUACCACGUGUGGCCGCGUUUCGAGCUGUACUCGGGCGGGGAGGAGCGCGACGACGACCACCUGAGCAUCGUCACGCUGGAGGAGGCGCCCUUCGUCAUCGUGGAGGACGUGGACCCGCUCAGCGGCACCUGCAUGCGCAACACCGUGCCCUGCCGCAAGCAGCUCAAGUUCAUUAACCAGACGGGAAACUCGGGGAUCUACAUCAAACGCUGCUGCAAGGGAUUCUGCAUCGACAUCCUCAAGAAGAUCGCCAAGUCUGUCAAGUUCACCUACGAUUUGUACCUGGUGACCAACGGCAAGCACGGCAAGAAGAUCAACGGCACCUGGAACGGCAUGGUCGGAGAGGUGGUGGAGAAGAACGCUCACAUGGCGGUGGGCUCGCUCACCAUCAACGAGGAGAGGUCAGAGGUCAUCGACUUCUCCGUGCCCUUCAUCGAGACGGGCAUCAGCGUCAUGGUCUCCCGGAGCAACGGCACCGUCUCACCCUCCGCUUUCCUCGAGCCCUUCAGUGCUGACGUGUGGGUGAUGAUGUUUGUCAUGCUGCUGAUCGUGUCGGCGGUGGCCGUCUUUAUAUUUGAGUACUACAGUCCGGUGGGCUACAACCGCUGCCUCGCAGAUGGAAGAGAGCCCGGCGGUCCCUCGUUCACCAUUGGCAAGGCCAUCUGGCUGCUGUGGGGCCUGGUGUUCAACAACUCCGUGCCGGUGCAGAACCCCAAGGGCACCACCAGCAAGAUCAUGGUGUCCGUCUGGGCCUUCUUCGCCGUCAUCUUCCUGGCCAGCUACACCGCCAACCUGGCCGCCUUCAUGAUCCAGGAGGAGUACGUGGACCAGGUGACCGGCCUCAGCGACAAGAAGUUCCAACAGCCGAACACGUUCUCUCCCCCGUUCCGCUUCGGGACGGUGCCCAACGGCAGCACGGAGAGAAACAUCCGGAACAACUACGUCGAGAUGCACGGCUACAUGACCAGCUUCCACCAGAAGAACGUGGACGAGGCGCUGCACAGCCUGAAGUCGGGGAAGCUGGACGCGUUCAUCUACGACGCGGCGGUGUUGAACUACAUGGCGGGGCGGGACGAGGGCUGCAAGCUGGUGACCAUCGGCUCCGGCUACAUCUUCGCCACCACGGGCUACGGCAUCGCCAUCCAGAAGGACUCGGGCUGGAAGAGGCAGGUGGACCUGGCCAUCCUCGCCCUCUUUGGAGACGGUGAGAUGGAGGAGCUGGAGUCGCUCUGGCUGACGGGCAUCUGCCACAACGAGAAGAACGAGGUGAUGAGCUCGCAGCUGGACGUGGACAACAUGGCGGGCGUCUUCUACAUGCUGGCGGCCGCCAUGGUGCUGUCGCUGCUCACCUUCAUCGCCGAGCACCUGUUCUACUGGCAGCUGCGCUUCUGCUUCAUGGGCGUGUGCUCCGGCCAGCCCGGACUCACCUUCUCCAUCAGCAGGGGCAUCUACAGCUGCAUCCACGGCGUGCAGAUCGAGGAGGAGAAGAGCUCGGCGCUGCACUCUCCCUCGGCCACCAUGAACGCCAGCAUGUCCAACACGCACUCCAACAUCCUGCGGCUGCUGCGCACCGCCAAGAGCAUGACCUCCGUGCCCGGGGUCAACGGCUCGCCUCACCGCGCCCUCGACUACCCGCCGCCGCCGCCCCCGCCGCACCGCGAGUCCUCCAUCUACGACAUCGCCGAGCACCGGCGGAGCCUCGGCCCCGGGGUCGUCGGGGGCGGGGUCGGACACCCCGACUGCAAGCCCCCGCCGCCGUACCUGCCCGAGGACGGCCUGUUCGGCGUCGGCGGCGUCGGCGGCGUCGGCGGCGCGGACGUGGACCGGACUUUCGGCAACCUGCACCUGAAGGACACCAACCUGUACCAGGACCACUACCUGCAGCACCACCACCACCACCACCACCACCAGGGGGCACUGCAGGGGCAGCAGCAGCAGCAGCAGGGGUCGGUGGUCGGGGGCCCGGCCGGCCUGCCUCUGGGUAUGUCGGCCCCGCUGGGCCUGCAGCGGCCCCAUAGCUUAGGCAGCACCACCUCGCUGGAUGGGGGGGGCAUGUUCGAUAGCGACAGUCUCGGGGGAGGGGUGGCGCCCAUUUUCACCACCCAGCCACGGCAGUCCAUGACGCAGCGCGGAGGAGGAGGUGGAGGAGGAGGAGGAGGUGGGGUGGGAGGAGGUGGAGGGGGGAGUAAGUUUGACCUGAUCGCUGGGCACCAGACCCAUCAGAGCUCGGGGUUCAAAGGAGCCGCGCCCGACCUGUACGGACGCUUCUCCUUCAAGGGGGGCGGCGGCGGCGGCGGAAGUUCGAGCUUCCUGGCGGGACACGAGCGCUACUGCAGCGGAGGGGGCGGCGGGGGGGGUGGCGCGGGGUCGGGCGGGGACGACGGCAACGUCCGCUCGGACGCGUCGGACAUCUCCACGCACACCGUCACCUACGGCAACCUGGAGGGCAACGCCAAGCGGCGCAAGCAGCAGUACCACGACAGCCUCCGGCGCCGGCCGGCCUCCGCCAAGCUCCGGCGCGAGCAGGACGCCGACACCGACUUCGGGUUCCGCCGGCGGCAGCACCACCACACCAUCCACCACCACCACCACGGCGGCGGAGGAGGAGGAGGAGGAAGCAGUCACCACGGACACAGUCACCACGGGCACAGUCACCACGGGCACAGUCACCACGGACGGAGGUCGGUCUCGCCGCCCUUGGAGCGCAGCUCCAGCGCCAAGGGCAACCACUCGUCCACGACGUACCUGUACCGCGCCCAGGACAACUUCCGCGACUUCUACGUGGACCAGUUCCACGCCAAGGAGUCCGUGUCGCCGUGGGAGCACAUGGAUCUGAACGACGGAGGAGGAGGAGGGGUGAACAGCGGUCUUAUGCCCGUGGAGGAUUUCCUGAAAGGUAAAAGCAAGAAGACGGAGGGGACGAAGGUUGGUGGAGGAGGAGGAGGAGGAGGAGGAGGAGGAGGUGGUGGUGGUGGCGGAUCGUCGCCGGUCCCUCCGGGGCCUCAUGCAUGCUGGGAAAAGAGCUUGGGGGUGGGCGGCUUGGCGGGAGGUGACUGGGAGUGUCGCAACUGCCACAGCCAUAGCGGAGGAGGUGGAGGAGGAGGAGGAGGAGGAGGAGGAGGAGGAGGUGGGGGGAAGGCGAUGGUACUGCAUGGGGGCAUGGGAGUGGGCGUAGGGUACCCAGGGAUGGGGGGAGGAGGAGGAGAGCGAGAAAGAGAGCGAGAAAGAGGAGGCGGCAGCGGAGGAGGAGGAGGAGGUGGUGGUGGGGGGGGUAGCCGACCGACCUCGGCCUCCGGCAAGCGCUGCGAGUCCUGCAAGAAGCAGCCGGGCAACCUGUACAACAUCAGCGAGGACUUCAACCAGGCGCGCCACGCCAGCCAAUCCGGCGGCGGCGGUGUCCAGCGGCGGAAGUUCGGGCCGGGCGGCAGGGUCCUGCGCCGCCAGCACUCCUACGACACCUUCGUGGAGCUGCAGAAGGAAGGGCAGGGCCGAGGGGGAGGCGGAGGAGGAGGAGGAGGAGGGGGGAUGUCGGCCGCGCUCCCGCCCCCUCGGAGCGUGAGCCUGAAAGACAAGGAGCGCUUCCUGGAGGGCCCCAGCCCCUACACGCAGAUGUUCGAGCGCUACGCCGCCGAACGGGGCGACCGGGAGACCGGCGGAGGAGGAGGAUCCUCCUUCCUGGGCAGGGACCGGGGGAAGGCCGGCGGCUCGUCGUUCAGCCUGUACGGCCGCGAGCGCGGCGAGCGGGGCGAGGGAGCGUUCCACCGGCGCUCGGUCGGGGAGCGGGACCUCCGCGAGCGCGAACGGGAGCGGGAGCGGGAACGGGAACGCGGCGGGCUGGGUGGUGGAUUUGGUGGAGGUGGUGGUGCGGGUGCGCGAGGGUCAGGGACUUACUCCUUGUCUAAAUCUCUCUACCCAGAUAAGGUGAGCCAGAACCCCUUCAUCCCGACGUUCGGCGACGACCAGUGCCUCUUGCACAGCCACGUCCACUCGUACUACGGGAAAAACCCGCAGCAGCAGCAGCAGCAGCAGCAGUCGUCGCCGCAGCAACAGCAGCAUCAGCUCCUCAACAACAGUCGCACCGACUUCCGGAGCCCCAUGGGCGUCACGUCGUACCUGCCGGCGUCCGCCACCGCCGGGGUCCUGUCCAACAUGGGCGUCCCCGGCGGCGCCCGCUACGCCAAGGACAUGUGUCUGGGCGGGCCCAUGGGGAACCACCAGGUGGGCGUGGUGUCGGUGGGCAACAACAAACUGCUGUCGGCGAGGGACGCCGGGCUGGGCGUGGGUCCGGCGGGCCAGCGAGGGGGGCCGUUUAACGGCUCCACCAACGGCCACGUGUACGAGAAGCUGUCCAGCAUCGAGUCGGACGUCUGA